AUGCCCGGACCUCGCGUUGCAUGGAUUGGCCUCGGUAACAUCGGCCGGGGCAUGAGCUUGAAUAUAGCCCAAAAAGGCCCCCAAAACGGACCCCUAAUCCUCUUCAACCGCACAACCUCCCGCGCAACAACCCACGCCACCAAACUCGGCGCAGACAAAGCAACCGUCGCAUCCACCCUCCCAGAAGCCAUCAGCACAGCCGACUUGAUCUUCACCUGCGUCGGCGACGACAAAGCCCUCGACUCAAUCGUGACAGCAAUACUAUCCGACAAAACCCUGAACCUGUCCAACAAAACAUUCAUCGACUGCUCAACCGUGCACCCCGACACAUCCCGGGCAACGGAAACAGCCCUCCUAGCGCGCGGCGCAGGCUUCGUCGCAUGUCCGGUCUUCGGAGCGCCGAAUAUGGCCGAUGUAGGUGGCUUAAUCGUCGUUCCGGCUGGCAAACAAUCUAGUAUUGCCAAGGUGCGGCCAUUCCUCGAUGGCGUGGUCGCUAAACAAUCCAUUGAUCUGUCUGGUGGGACGGGGGCGGAUAUUGAUGUUGGGAAGGCUGCUACUAUGAAGGUUAUUGGGAAUACUUUUAUCCUUAAUACUGUUGGCGUACUCGCCGAGUCGCUUGUUGCUGCUGAGACUUCUGGGCUUGGGGUUGCGCCACUGAUGGAGUGGAUCGAUCUUUUUGCGCCGGGGGCUUUUGCUAAAUAUGCCGAGAGGAUGGUAGGUGGAGAUUAUUAUCAGAGGGAGGAGCCGCUUUUUGCUGUUGAUCUUGCUAGGAAGGAUUUGAGACAUGCGUACUCAAUUGCUGAGAGUGGGGGGCAGCGUAUGAGGAAUGUUGAGGUUACUGAUUCUUUGUUGGAGGGGCUUAAGGGGGAACGGGGGGAGAGUGGAGAUAUCGCUGCUGUUUAUGGAGUUGUUAGGCAGAGGGCUGGGUUGGAGUUUGAGAAUCAGAAGGAGAAGAGUGAGUAG